GGCUCCGUUUUGAAAACACAACUCAAGAAAAAAAAGAGAAAUAAAGAAAAGCUUCCCAACUUGUAAAACAACAAAGGAAAGAAAAGGAAAGAAAUAGAAAGGGGACAAAGAAAACCAAAUGGAUUCAUCAUCCGACUUCGACACCCAAUCCACCGCCUUUUUAGACUGGUUCAAAGCUCAACCGGGCACACAAUUCCACCCGUCGUUGCGAAUCGUCGAUUUAAGAGACCGAAGCGCAGGAAGGGGAAUCAUAGCAACCCAAGACAUUGCACCGGACACCGAACUCUUUACGAUUCCCAGAAGUAUCAUCAUAAGUGAGGAGACUUCGACGUUGGCAAAGAAAUUACCUGGCAUUUUUUCCAAAGAGGAGACGACAAGAACGACAACCACGAGCGGUGACAUUGAUAUCGACCUCGACGAUGAUGACGACUUUGAAGAAUCAGUCCCCGACUCGUGGUUGAACCUGAUACUGAUCCUACUCUACGAAUCCCUUCACCACAAGACAUCGAAAUGGUUUCCUUAUUUGUCCAUCCUCCCACAACGUUCCGAAUCCUUCAACACACUCAUGUUCUGGGACGACCGCGACCUUUUGGGUCUGUCGGGGUCAGCCAUUCCUUCCAAAAUCGGCAAAGAGUCUGCCACUCGUAUGUUUACGGAACGUAUCCUCCCGGUCGUGAAACGUCACUCCGACCUUUUUUAUUCAGACCCAGACUCUGGCACGACAGAACUGAGUGACACUGCUCUACUCGAAAGGUGUCACAUCAUAGGGUCUCUGAUCAUGUCAUAUGCAUUUGACCUUCAACCUGACCAGGACUCUGAUUCUGGUUCCGAGGAAGAUACCGAAAUGGGGGAGAACGACGACGACGGAUGGAUCGAAGACCGUGGCGAUCACAACGGCUCCUCAAAUACGAGCGCACAUACAAAGAGCACGAUGGGCAUGGUACCGAUGGCGGACGUGCUAAACGCCGACGCCGAAUUCAACGCCCACUUAUCCCACGGCGACGACAGCCUGACCAUGACUUCCCUGCGCGAGAUCAAGGCCGGUCAAGAAGUGUUGAAUUACUAUGGCCCUCUACCAAACGGAGAACUUUUGCGCAGGUACGGGUACACGACACCCAAACACUCGAGGUACGAUGUUGUCGAAGUCCCUUGGUCUUUGGUCAAGACUGUCAUUGUUUCCGAUUACAAGUGGUCUUCCUUGCCAUCUCAAAAGGGACCGACGAUGGUGAAAAAAAUCUUGACCGAGAUCGAACGAGAUUCGGAUUUUCGUUUUGAAUUGGGUUUGGACAUGAACAAUUUCGACAACACAAAAGACAACGAGGCCGACGUCGACCCCACCGCGAAUGCAGGAUUCAUUCUGGAACGUGAUUCUGGAGAUCCAGACGAUCAAGGACUGUGUCCCGUCGACGCCAAAUUCAUUUCUUUCCCCGAGGAAUUGGUCGACGUGGUCCGUCAUGUCGUCACAAUGGUUUUGUCUGCGUCCGAUCCGACCCAAACCCAGUCCAAAAACAAACCCGCCAAAUCCAAGUCCAACAAGAACGAAGAGGUGAAAAAGAUCAAGACUACAACACUAGAAAUUCUGUCACUCGUCGUCCGUCGACGUCUGGACCAGUACCCGACCACCAUACAAGACGAUGAGAACCUCCUGCUACUAGACAAAACCACGACGGGUCGAGCGAGGAUGGCCAUCGACGUCCGAUUAGGGGAGAAGAGACUUUUGGUGGAAGCGCUCGAGUGGACGGAGGGUAAACUGGCCAAGUACAGAGAGUGAUGAGUGACGAUAGAGAUUGUAUUCUGACUGCACAUUACUUGUCCU